UCUCCACUUCCACCAUUUCCUGCUGAAAUCUGAGGAAACCUUGAAGCGCCAACGUGACGCUGGCAUCUGUGUGGACGCCUUCAGUACAAUAGUGGAAAACAACGCGCGCCACAAUGUUCAUACAGAUUAUUCCGCAGGCUUGUUCCGUCGUAACGGCCUGCAUUAACCAACGCAAGGGUUUAUAAAAGAAUUAAUAAUUACAAAAUAUAAUUAUAUAUGAAUCAUAAAAAAUCCGGACGGUAAAUUUAAACAAUUUCUUAAAAAAAUAUUUAUUGAAGUAAAAAAGAACAAAGGUUUACCUUCUGUUGUAAGUUGUCCUUGUUAAGCUGGACAGGUUUCUGCCAGGAAUCCAGGCGACCAUAAUGCGAAUGGUUAACUCCCUGGUCAAGAAGUUUCAUACGACGAAGAAAUGUCUUCCAUGGACCCUCAAAACAGUUCCCCUGACUGUCGAAAUGAUAUGCAACUAGAAUACAAAAUAAUAAAAAAAUUUCUGUACAACUAAAUAGCACACAGACAGUUAGGUAGCUGCAAUAUUUGUCGUAGUAAUAAAGGUUACCUUUCCCGUGCAUGACCGCCAAUGUGAGGUGCACCAUUCUUCCAGCUGAUCGGUAAAAAGGCACCAAAACCAAUUUCGCUCGCAGAAUGCGUCUGCACGCUUCAGGGUCGGUCAAUGAAGGGAUACCGAUAAAUUCCCCUAGUCGACCUUUCAUUUUCGCCCAUGAUUUCAAGUCUUUGAAUGAGUUCGAAACCAAAGUAAACAACUUCGUCUGAAUAACCAGUGCCAAAAAUAAUGCUUCGAAUUAUCGUAUCGUUAUGCCCCACAAAAAAAUCUGGCAGCACUGGCUUGUAACAAUUUGUGAGCACAGCGCAGUAGUCGCGAUUGGCCUCCAGGUCAUGCUCUUCUGAAAGAUUCUCAAGACAAGAGUUUGCUGCAAACUUUACGUUCUCACACACCUGGUCCGCAUAAAAAAGAUGGUGAAAGCAUUCUGCUCGUGACAAGAACGGCUGUACACAGUUAUUAUUUGAUAAAAAUAAGUUAGUGAAACAGGUAUACAUUUUAAAUGCAAAUGCAAAAACGUCUAAUCAGUUUAAAGGUCUCGCAAUUUCUAAAAUAUUUUGGAAGGAUUUGUAUUAAACUAAACAAAGUUUGUUAGCGUUCUGGAUCAGUGAAUGUUUACUGUUACAAAUCAUGAACUUCCCGUUACUUGGCAACAUGGAACAACCACGUAUUUUAGGAGACCUUUAUUAAACUGAAGUACGAACGCUGUAUAGAUAACAGUAAUGUUAUUAAAAGUCACCGAAAGCAACAAAUGAUGUAUUUUGUGCAGCAGAUACAUGGUUUAUUUUAACUGGAGGACCUUUUUCUUUAAGCGACUGAAAAUGUAGCGUUGAGUUAUCUACCGAACUCUUACAAAAGAACGGUUUAAUGUAGAAAAUUAUUUAUAAAAUGCAAAUACGACCCACGGUUUUUGAAAGGUGUACUUCGAUGAAACGCCGCCAUCCGGUGAUGAUAAUAGGAAUAUUCAUUGAUUAAAUCUGCAGAAUAAAAAAAUUCCAAAAUUCUUUUCACAAAAAGCAUGCAAAAGAAAAACAUUACCAGCGUGACCUUUAUAAAAAAUCAAAACCUUGGUUUGUUUGGCUACGUAGUACGUACCACGUAACCCACUGAAGCCAGCUGAUGCGAGCUCGAUGGGAACGUUAAGAACAAGGUCCCUUUGUUGCAGAAUCACGAGCAACUGGCUUUCCAUAUCCCCAUGGCGAGCGCCCACUGCUACGGUACUGUAACAGUUCUGCGGUAAUGUAGGGUGGUAAUGCAGGGCUCCACUGUUGUUUUCAUCAGAGUCUGGGGUGUCUGGAGAGGGAGGAUGACAAUGUGAGACGUAGGAGGUUAGGGAAACUGGAUUAGGGGAAGAAACAGGGGAAUAUUCUUUCAUCGCAGUGGCAAAUAACGCAGCCAGCCCAGGGAGCGGUUGCGACAUAGGAGUAGUAGCUACAAUAGGGGUAGAUACCCGUGGUAUAGAUGAAGCAAAGUCCGGUAAACGCAAGCGUAAUGCAGGUACGGCAGACUGAGCAUGAUAAUGAGUGCCAGGAAAGAGUGGAGGGAAUAGAUUCAUAGUGGGGCGAUGCGGUGCUACCGAGGGAGAGCGCACGUAAUAAGGGGAUUGAAGACUGACGGUAGUGGUCGCCGUCCUACGAUUGCUCGUGCUACCACGACUGCAGAACUGGCUUGGUCGGCGGUCCAUAGCCAGAACACCUGCACUGUGCAAAACCAAAAUCGGAAAGAAAAUAAGGAGAAACAUCUUAAACAGUAAUUGCUUAAAUGCUAACAAACAAAAUGUUGUACUAAGAAAAACGUGUAAUCGCUUUAAGUAUCGGUAGGCCCUUAUCACUGACCUCGGUCAUCGUCACCGAGCUCGGUGAUAGUACAACUGUUGCUAUGACAGUAGCUCGGAAAUUCUCGUGACCUUUUGCGCUGUGUGUAAUCCAAAACGAUUACACCAAGUAAAAACCAAGCAGUGGAUUCUCCUAUAAAAAGGCACCCGGGAUAACUUCUGACUUUCAUAAGUUUUUAACCCUGUAUGACUAUGGAUUACACGUACGACGAAAUGCUGACGCCUUUCUAUGACGUGAUUAGUCCGCAGCUGCAGUCCGCCAGUGGUAAUGGUCCGCUUCCUCCUGCUGCAGCGACGGAUGAAUUUGCAUGGAUUGAUGAAUGGCUUCGUGAGAUAAACAGUCAACAGACGGUUUCCAAUAAUGCUGCAAAUGGACAGUCUACGUCUCAGCCUGGAACAUCGUCCUACACGAUCGACUACGGCUGGUUGGAUGAGGUGAUGGCCGAGCUCAAUGUCCCUCAAGCUCCUGCAGUAGGCUCUGCUCGCGCUUUGGGAAAUACAUCUGAGCAAACCGUCCCAACAGCUCAAGUCUCACAAGAUUCCUAUCAACUAGCUGCAAAUUACGCUUCUUUGGAAGAUCGGUACCCAAUUUACUUGGAGUAUCCCGUAAUCAUGCACGCUGAUUCCCAAGAAGAUCUGAUGCAAUACGGUCAAGGGACUGCGUUCGGUUUUCCUGAAAUGCAAGCAUGCAACACCGUUGACACGGGGCUACAAGGUGUGCCACCUGCUCCGCAGGGUAUGAAUUGGACGAAUGCACAGGUUCCAUGUACCGACAACCAAACCGCUGUAUGCUAUAACUUCAACGAACCGGCCACCGUAACCCUUGUGGAUGAAGGGCGGGCUGCGGCCCCACUAGCUUCCGGAAACAGCGACUGGGUGUCAGAGGCGGUUGCCCUAUCGCUGUUGCAUCCGUUGCCGGCGGUGUGGGUGCGAACAAAUCGAAAAACCACGACCCACAAGAAUUUGCCUGCCGCUCUUCGGUCUAUUCCAUGGGAUAUUAGGGCCGAGAAUCUACUGAUGUACUUUAGCAGCGACAAAGGGUGGAAUGGGUGGUUUACGCAUGUUGUGCUCGUGUUCUUGACAAAACCGGGCAGCUUGGAAGUGACGCGCGAUGAGUUUCAGACGAUUUUGAAGUACAUCUUGGACGGAGGGUGGGAUCAGGACAGCGGUAACGCUGCUAAUGAAUGCAAAAGGCUUGCAGUACCGACAGUGCCAUACCGUCGAAUUAGUCGCACUUUGUUGAUUUGGUACCGAAAAUUUGCCAAUGGUUCGGUGCGCAGCAUUAAAGGUCACACAGUGUAUGUUACAUUAACUCGAAUUACUACAACAAAUACUUAUGUUAAUUGCAUGAAUAUUAACGAAGCUGCUGUUAAAUCGCUAGCUGAACAACGAGACCUGUUGCAGAUUCUUGUGCCCGAUGGUGUUGAAUAUCCACCAUUGAUAGCAACGUAA